AUGGCGAGCAACGAUGCAGCGGUUCUGGCAACCCUGCAGGCCAUCCAGGCGCAGCUGGCGGCCCUACCUGCCAUCGCCGCCGACCUGAGCGACCUUAAGACCGCGGUGGCUGGAUUGGACGCCCGCAUCACCAGCGUGGAGGUGCACGGCCUCGGCGAAACGCCCAGGCGUCCCGCUGCAGCCCCCCAGCAGGCCGCUGUGCAGGCCGAGGCGGCGCCGGCGGUGGGCGCAGCCCUGCCCACCGGACACCAACAGGACCAGCAGCCCCCAGCAGCCGCACAGGCCGAUGACUUGCUGGGCGAUGCCAUGGACCUUGGUGAGGGUGGCGGCAGCGAGAGCCAGCCAGCAGCUCCAGAGGAGGCUGCGGAUGGGCCAGGCGUCGAGGCGGGCACUGGCGGAUCGCAACGUGGCGCGCGCCAGGAGCCGCCGACAGCAGCAGCAGGCGGCGCAGGCCAAGCUGCGCAGCCUUCGCCGCGCCGCGGACGGCGCCUGCAUCUGGAGCCUGUCCGGGCGGCGCCACCCGCGCAGCAGCAGCAGCAGCACCGUGGCGACGGAGAGCAGCAGCAACAGGCAGAAACGGCAGCGCCGGUACAGGAGGAGGAGGCCUUGUUCAACUCUGUGUGGAAGCCUGGUGUGGAGGGCUACCCGCUGGCUGAGCACGAAGACUUUGUGGUGGCAGCACGGCCCGCCUGCCGGCCAGCGCACUACGGCCGCCGCCUGCCUGUCAGCCUGUGGCAGCGAGCAGGAAUGGAGCCUCCGCCGCGGGCGGCACAGCAGCAGCAGCAGCAGGAGCAGCAGGCCGAUGGGGCAGGGGAGAAGGGGGCAGCUGGGCGGCCUGCAGACUGGCCGCAGGACAUGCUGAUCAACAGCAGGGACGUCUGCCUACCCGACAGGCCGGGUGCACGAGUGCCUGACCACCCCAGCACGUUUGCCGCCCUGCGCCGCGACCGGCGCUGGCUGCGCGGCAGGGUGCGCGAUGUGCGGAGCCACAUGCUGCGCUUUGCAGCGCUGCGAGCUGAGAUGCUGGCAGACUCGGAGAGCGAUGAGGAGGCAGUGAUGGCAGGGUUUGGCAUGCAGCAGGGCGUGGUGUUUGCCGAGGAGGAGGCGGCGGACCCGGAGCUGCUGGAUGUGCUGCCGCCCUGGGACCCGGCAGAGCUGGAGCAGGAGGUGUCGGUGGAGGGCAGCGCGGGAGAGGAGGGGCGGCAGGAGGAAGACGCAAACGAGGUGGGCAGCGCUGAGCAGCCUGAGGAGCAGGAGGCAGCGCGCGAGCAGGUCGAGGAGGAGGUGGAGCUGCUGAAUGCACGCAGGCAGGAGCUGCUCGAGCAGCUGGUGUCUGCGCUGGGCCUUGACGGGGAGGCAGCAGAUGAGGCAGAGGGCAUGCUGCAGGCCCAGAUUCGCCGGUCGCUGCCACUGCUGGACCCAGAGUGUGCGCCGCGGCAGCAGCAGCGCAGCGCCGCAGACGCUGUGGCUGCUCUGGAGGGGCUGGCGCAGGGCCUGGAGCAUCAGGAGAGACGCUGGCGGGCCAAGGCGCUCCCCGCCCUGCAGCGGGAUGCGCACGCCAUCUGGCAAGCGGGUCGCAAGCUGAACCGUGGCGGCACAUGCGGGGCAGAUGAGUGGCGCGACGAUGCGGCCAUGUUCCAGGCAAGCACACCCAGCAGCAGCGGCACCAAUCAUGCUACGCUGUACCUGACUUUGGCAGGUGGCCCACAGUGGCGUCCACUCAUUCUGUCGCGAAGCGUGACUUUGAGGAGGGUGCAGCAGGCAACCUCCAACUGCGAGGGGAACCUAGAAGACCUGCUGCGGGUGCUGGAGCUGCAGCGCAUAGCAGCACUGCCGGAGCAGCCGCCUCUACCUCCCAGCGAGCACGCUGGCGCUGCCGCCAGGCCCUCUCGGCGAGGGCAGCCGCAGGGGCAGCACGCUGGUGGCGGCCAGACCGCUGCAGCAGGCAGCCGCAGCGAGGGGCCGAGCAGCAAGGGGGGCGAGCCGGGCGAGCAGGAUGAGUAUGAGGAGGAUGGCUGGCUGGUGGGGGACGACGAGGGCGGCAGCGGCAUGCAGGGCUCUCCAAGCGACAUGGAGGAGGAUGGCGCAGAGUAUGGCAGCGCCUCUGAGGACCUGCCGCCUGACGCCUGUGCUGCCGAGCAGCAGGAGCAGGAGGAGGGGCAGCGCACCUGGAAUGCGGCUGGCCUGCAGCCGGGGCAGACACAGGUGCUGGUGGCCCCAGGGAUGCAGCCCCCCCCGCAGCAGCAGCAGCAGGAGCAGGAGCCAGCUGCCGGUGGCCAGGAGCGGCAGCAGCCGCAGGAAGGCAAGCAGCCGGCAGCGACCGAGCUGAUCCUGCAGGCCACAGAGGUGGCGCUAUCCCCCGGUGGGACCGCGGGGCGUGCUGGCCCAGCAGAUGAUGCCUCGUCGCCUACUACGGAGCAGCCGGCACCCACAGCGCAGCGGCCAGACAGCCCGCCGCCGUCGGCCGUGGAAGAUGCCAUGCAGCUGGCAGGCGGUAUCAGCGGCGGCAUCGGCGCCGGUGGCGGCAGCGACACAGAGUCGGAUGUGGUGCCGCCUGCAGCAUGCCUGGCACCAGGCGCAGCCGCAACAGCAGCAGCAGCCGACUCGCACCCAGCAGCAGCUGCGGCCACCGCACCAGAGGCAGCUGGUGGGGGUGGCGCAGAGGGGCAGGCAGCUGCAGGGACGGGUGAGGAGAUGUCCCCCUUGGAAGAUGAGGAGACGGCAGACCUCAGCCACGAGCUGGCCGGCGGCAGCGAGGAGGAGGCGGCGGCGGAGGCGGUGGAGGCCAUGGCUGAUAGCAACGAGGCAGAGGAGGAGGGCGUGGAGGAGGCGGCGGCUGAUGAUAUUGGCCUGCCUGGACGCCUCAGUGAGCUGGGGAAGGGUGCGGCGGUGGAGGUGAUGCGCUCCAACAAGCAGGGCCUCCACUGGGCCAGGGCCCACCUCCGGCUCCCCAUCAGGGAGGGCGACAGCGAAGCCACCCUGCAGAUUGUUGGCGAGGGCGGGCAGGUGGAGCCAUUCAAGUGUUCACUGGCGCACCUGCGCCCGGCGGCCCCCAUCAGCGCGGCGCAGCGCGCGCCGCCCGAAUUCGGUGCAGCCGUGCCGGCCCUCGCUUUCAGCAGCAUCCAGGUCGGCGGGUGCUAUGAAUUCAAUAGGCUCAGCGUCAGCGACGGCAGCGGGGAGGGGGCGACCUAUGUGCCAGCCAUCGUGCUGCGCAAGCUGGCCAAGGCGCAGGAAGGGGAGGAGGCACCGGUUGCGCGGAGGGUGGGGCAGCGCAGCGGCGGCCUGGGGCCGGUGCUGGAGCGGCUGGCAGCGGCUGGCGACGUUCCCAGCACCAGCAAGGCAGCGGCGCCGACGCGCCUCAUCCUGUCACUGGCGUGGCCAGGUUGCCAGAAGGAGUGGAUGCUGAGCAUCACCGAGCAGCAGCUGGUGCAGGCAGACCCCCCGCUGCGCCGCACAUGCACCUGGGAGGCGAAGACAGGCAGCUGGAAGGUUGCCGGCAGCCCUCAGCCGCGCAAGUCGUUGCUCAUGUGGCACGCCCUGGGACUGCCAGGCGAGCAAGUGGCGUGGCUGCUGGGCCUUCGCAGCAAGCACAGCGUCUUCCACGAUACUCUCACCUCUACUGCUGUCCGGCAUCGGCUUUCUGGGGCGGAUGAGGGUGGGCAGGCGCUAGCGGCGCUGCAACGCUGGUUCCGCCGGCAGAAGAUGGCGCGGCAGCCCACCCUGGGCUGGGCCCGCACGCUGCAGGCGCUGCGGCUGGGGGAUCGUCAAACGGCAGUGCAAGCGCAGCUGGCCAAGUCGGCAGGCGGCCAGCGGGACUUUGGGUUGCACAUGGCGCGGUCGGGCACCGCUGCACUGCUCUUCUCGCCCGCCAAGCGGCCGCGGCGGCGCCAGCCUGCCCGAGCCGCGGCGACACCCCCCGGCGACAGCACGCUCCAGCGGCUGCACGAGCGCGAGCAGCGCCGCCAGGCGGCGGCCGGCAGCCAGGAGGCGCUGCAGCUGCAGGCGCGUCGCCUGGCUGAGGAGGCGGUGUUCAGCGCGGUGGGCGACGUGGCGGCGGCCGAGGGCGACCGCAAGCCGGUGCCGUUGUGGCCGGACGAGCCCGACAAGGGGCCGCUGGUCUACAGCAAGAUGGACAAGGCAAGCGUGCUGAAGCAGCACCAGCGCGAGGGCAUCCAGUUCAUCUGGGACGCCCUGGUCACUGAUUUCCUGGAUGACAGCCAGGACCUGGCGGGCGGCUGCCUGCUGGCGCACCACAUGGGCCUGGGCAAGACGCUGCAGACGGUCACCUUCCUGGCCAGCUUCAGCAUGGUGCAGCCCGAGGCUCGCUACCUGGUGCUCGUGCCCAAGGUGGUGCUCUUUAACUGGGUUGCCGAGUUUGAGAAGUGGCUGCCCCGCCUGCCUCCUGGAGCGCCUGGGCUGAGCGUGGUUGUGAUCGCGGAGAAAGAGGAUGAGGAGGAGCAGGUGCAAAGGUGGCACCGCACCCCCAGCGCCGUGCUGAUCUGCACCCACGACAAGUUCAGGGACCGGGUGUUGGAGGUGAGGCGCGGCCCCAAGCCCAAGGCGCAGUCGAGCGGCAACCUGGACGCCCUCCAGCGCCAGGCAGCUGCGCCCCAGCCCCUGGGCCCCGCUGAAGGGCAAGCGCAGCAGCUGCAGGGCCAGGCCAGCCUGCCGCGGGGCCCGCUGAGCGUGGCAGAGAUGCUGCGGGAAGGCGCUUCGGUGGUGUGCGUCGACGAGGCGCACGUUGUGAAGAGCGAGACGUCCAAAAUCCGCAAGGCUCUGGAGUCGGUCACCACCAAGCGGCGCCUGGCGCUGACCGGCUACCCGCUGCAAAACAACCUGGCCGAGAUGUAUGCGAUGAUCUCCUGGUGCGACCCUGACCUCAUCCCCAAGGAGGAGUGGCUAAUGAAGUUUGCGGAUCCCAUCAUGGCAGGCCAGCUGCCAGGAGCGACCUUGGCGGAGAUAAGAAUAAUGAAUCAGCGCUUGGCACUACUGCACGACAUCAUCUCUAGGAUGGUGCACCGGCGGGGGGAGGAAAUUCUGAAGGAGGAGCUGCCGCAGAAGCGGGAGGUGGUGCUGAAGCUGGCUCUGUCGCCCUCGCAGCACAAGGUGUACCGCCGCUUCAUUGAGGGCACCGACGAGGCCAGGUGUCGCAGCGUGCUGGCCGAUGCGGAGAAGCUGCGAAUGCUGUGUGACCGCCCAUCCGAGUUCAAGGCCUGGCUGGAGAAAGUCGUGGCCGAGGGGCGUGCCGCUGCUGCUGCGCUGGCGGCGGCAGCCAGGGGCCCCGCACCCGCUGCUGCGGCUGUGGCAGCAGACGAGUUUGGCGUGGAUGAGGACUUUGUGGUGGAGCUGGAUGAUGACAUGUCGCGCAGCACCAGCACCCUGGGCGGUGAUGCCGAGGCCUGUCCUUCCACCACCACUGACGGCGCACAGGAGGCAGCCAGCGGCGGCACGGGCAUGCAGCCCGGGGCGGCGGGCCUGGGCGCCGCUGUGCUGGCGGCGGAGCAGAUGGCAGCGGCCGCGGCGCCGGGCGGGGCCACGGCAGGCGGGGCCAAGGCGCACAGGCUUACCAAGUUCCCGCUGGCGCUUGCCGAGGAGCUGCUCGCUUUGGUGAAGGCCGCCCCACCCGGCGAGUUUGACACGCAGCGCACCACCAAGAUGUGGGCGCUGGAGCAGCUGCUGCGGUGGUGCGCGGCGCACGAGGAGAAGCUCGUGGUUGUGGGCGAGAGCCUCGAGUUUCUCAGGGAAGUGGAGCGCCUGCUGGAUCGUGCCGCCCUGCGACUCCCAGGCGGCCGGCUGCUGCGGUGGUGCAAGAUUGAGGGUUCCACCACGGACAACCAGCGCACGCAGUAUGUGCAGGAUUUCGAGGGCGGCCGCUACCAGGUGUUCCUGCUCAGCAAGGCGGGCACCCACGGCAUCAACCUGGUCUCCUGCCGCCGCAUCGUGGUGCUGGAGGAGCCGUGGAACCCGGUCUACAAUCUUCAGGCGAUCGCCCGCCUGUUCCGGUAUGGGCAGGCGCACGGCACCUUCGUGUACCGCAUGUACUUCAAUGGCGCCGUGCAGUACAACGUGUACCUUCGAAACGUCAACAAAGUCAUGCUUUUUAAGCGUGUCAUCGAUCGCCAGUCGGUCAAGCGGGCACGGACGAUUGAGAAGGAGGCUGAGAAGCUGUCAGCAUACUUUUACGAGCCAGACACACCAGACCCGCAGGCAUGCCCUGGCCUGCAGGCGCACCGGGAGCAGCAGGAUGACCCAGCGCUGGCGGCGCUGCUCACCGCCGAUGCGCAGCAGGCGGCUGCAGCGGGCGGCAGGGGGGGACUGCACAUUGUGGAGGUGGAGGACCAUGACAAGAACCUGGCUGACGACCCCUCCCAGCGCCUGACCGAGGACGAGAAGCGCAAGGCCGCCAAGCAGGCGCACAAGGAGUGGCGCGUGGGCGAGGCCACCGGCGUGCAGACGCGCGCCGCACGGGCCAAGAUGGAGCGGCUGCGCAAGGUGUAUGGCGACUUGAGUGAGGACGAGGAGGAGGAGCUGGAGCGCCCUCCAGCGCAGCAGCAGCAGCAGCAGCAACAUCAGCAGGUGCAGGUGCAGGUGCAGCAAGUGGUGAACCAGCAGCAGGUGCAGCAUGCCUAUCAUGCCCAGCAGCAGCAGGCCAUGGCGUGGAUGAUGCAGCAGCAGUGGCAGCAGCAGCAGCAGGCGCAGCAGCAGCCCCGCCAGCCCGCACAGCACCUUCCAGCGCAGCAGCAGCACGUGCAGCAGCCAAUUCAGCAGCAGCAACAACAGCUGAGCACAUUUUUGGAGGUGAUUCGGCAGCAGACACGAGGCCAGCUGGGCUCGGCUGCUGCCCUGCCGGCUGCUGCCACGGCUGCAACACCAUCUGCCGUGCCUGCUGCCGCUGCUGCCAGCCCAGCAUCUGGGGUGCACGGCGGCCUCGCCCGUGCAUCAGCCGGCACAGGCGCAGGGCUGACUGGUCAGAAGCGCGACCGGGAGGCUGCCGAGGCCAAUGGGCCGCCUGCUGCUGCCGAGGGGCUGCUGCCAACCAGCGAGCAGCGCCAAGCGAAGCAGCAGCAACAGCAGCAGCAGCAGCAGGGAGCUGCGCCAGCUUCUGGUGGCAUCCCUGGUAGCCCGUCGCAGAAACGGCCCAGGCUAGACGAAAUGCAGCAGCAGAUGCAGCCCUCUGGUCCCCUUGCUCAGCCGUCGGCCAUGGCCCCUCGCGCAGAGGCAGCGCCAGCCGCCGCAGCGGCUCCAUCUGCCACCGGGCAUGCUGCCAGCAAGCAGCCAGUCUCCCGCCUGAAGAGUCUUCUGAAAAUUGCCACACGUGGGGCAGCCGCAACAGCCACUCUCAGCCGCAGCCACAACUCCGCAGUGGUGGGAAGCGGCGGCAGCGGGAUUGCCCACCAGCAUGCGCAGUCGCAGCCGGUGGAACCUGAGGCGCACAUCGAGCAGCCCAAGGCGAUUGCAGCAGUGCCAGCGACGUCGCCACCGUCAGCGGCCGCGCGCGCACGCCAGCAGCAUGCGCAGCAGCAGCAGCAGGAGGUGGCUGUGCCGCGCAUCCUGGAUCGCAAGCGCAGCACAAGCACGGACAGCCUGCUGCCGCUGGUAGCCGGCAGCAGCGCAGCAGGGCGUUCUGCCAAGAAGGCACGCCAGGACGGCCCGCAACAGCAGGCGCAGCGUGGGUGGCGGCAGAGCCCACGCAACAAGGCCCCUGCCGCUGCGACUCUAGAUUUUGUGGACCUGACCCAGGAUGACGAUUAG